AUGGGGAUUCCCCCACCUCUCACCACCGCCAGGUCCGAGGCUUCACGUCUGACCGGGGCCGGCCGUCGUACACGCGGGCACAGCUCCUGGAAGCUCUUGCCCGUGUGCGCGUGCUGCAGCUGGCGGGGGCGGUGGCGCUGGCGGCGAUUCGGCGAUGGCGGCGGCAUCCCCUUGACGGAGGUGGCCAAGCACUCCAGCAAGACGGACUGCUGGGUGGUGGUCGACGGCCAGGUGCUGAACGUCACCAAGUUCUUGUCGGAGCACCCCGGGGGCGAGUUGGCCAUCUUGACUUUCGGGGGGCAAGGAUGCCACAGAACACUUCAACCUGAUCCACCCUCCUGGCGUGAUCGGCAAGUUCGCCCCGGAGUCCGUGAUUGGCAUCGUGGGCUCGGGCGCGACGACUGUCGCGGCCAGCGCCGCGCCCAAGGCCUGGGACCUGCAUGCGGCCAACAACUGGCGCGUGGGCCUCGACGAGAACCCAGGUGCCUUGCUCAUCAACGUGAAGUCCUACUUCCAUGCGACCUGGUUCUUCUUGCUGGCGGUGUUGUGCGAAGUGUGCGCGACCAUCUUCUCUGUGAAGAGCUUCAAGAUCUCCAACGACCACUUGGGUCUGACGCGCUGUGCCAAAAUCGUGGAGGAGUACAUCCUCCUGUCUGUGCUGCUCCAUGUCUUCGUGGGCCUGAAGCGAACCUGGGGCAGGAAGCAGGCUCUGGUGCAGACUCAGGGCAUCAACGUCCUGAGCCUGGCCAUCUCCGGCUUGAUGCUCUUGACCUUCAUGACCAUUCAGCUCUUCCAGUUCCGCUUCGGCAGCACCCACCAGUUCGGCCCCGACUACGUCUGGCCGCAUCCUUACCGUCCUUACCUGACCAACUUCUGGGGCAUCUCCUCCCUUUUCUGGACGAGCGAAGACAGCAUCGAGCCAGUCGGCGUGAGCGACGUCUACGUCCAAAGCCCGUCGUCCGCAGAACUUCUAGGACGACUCGCCGGGAUUCAAGGCCCAGCUAG